AGCCCGCAAUCAGCAACCAGGAAGCCUCUGCCAAUCAAGGCCCGCGCUGUCCUCGCCUUUGCAUCACGGCGAGUAUAAAAGCCCAGCUGAAGUUUCCCCGACUUGGGUGGAAGGGACACAGCGGAGGCCUUGCAGGGAGGAAGGCAGAAGGGAGAAAGGGCGACAGAUAGGCAGCUCAGAGGCCUCCUCCUCCUCCCUCGGCUUUUGUCCUGCGGAGGAGGGCCUUCGAGGGGCCUUCGUGGGCUCCGGACUGCCAUCCUCAAGUGCUCAGAUCGCCAUGGCUGAUCACAUGAUGAUCCCAAUGAACCACAGUGCAAACGGGCUACAGGGCUACCGGAUAGGGAUGAAUGGGAUGCAGGGCUCUCCACAGCAUGGGCAGCAUGUUCUAAGGACGCUACCAGCUAACCACCAGAUGACACAGUAUGGAGGCCCCUCCAUGGACGGAACAAUCAGGCCUAGGCCCAACAUCAGUGGACAGAUGGGUCACCACCAGGUGACAAGCACCAUGAUGUUCAACAGUCCAAGUCAACAGCAACAACAGUAUAUGGGGCCUGUGGGCGCCCAGCAGCUUAUGGCCAGCAUGCAUUUACAGAAACUCAACACACAAUAUCAAGGCUAUCCUCUCAUGGGCAUGAACAAUGGGUCCUUGGGAACGGGGGCUCAGCAAUACCGAAUGGGGCCCAGCCAGCAUCCGGUCAUGCAGCACAUGCCCCCUCCUGCAUUGACUUUGAACGUUAUGGAUACAGAACUUAUUGAUGAAGAUCUUUUGACCUCUUUGGCUAUGGAACUGGGUCUGGACAGAGUUCAGGAGCUGCCAGAGCUUUUCCUGGGGCAAAAUGAAUUUGACUUCAUCUCGGACUUUGUGAGCAAACAGCAGCCCAGUGCAAUCAGCUGUUGAAUGCUUCUGCUGGUGCUUCUAAAUGAUGGUUUGAUCUCCUUCCUCUCCAAAACACUUUACUUUUAUCUUCCCCAUACACAAAUAAGACAAGCUUUUCCAACUCUACUUCAACCCACUUCUCCAAAACACAACGGACAAUAAUUGGACUUUCUUUGUUGUUGUUGCUUGCAUUUCAUUGCUCCCUCUUUUGUGUGUGUAAAGAAGAGCAAUGGAUGGAAAUGGAAUGCCUCUGCAGAAGAAACAAAGAUGGUAGAUUAUUCAUUUUUGACCCAGAGGAAAGUAGGCUUUCUGUGUUUGGACUGCUACGUUGAAGUAGUGGAUGGGCACCAAAACCUGUGCUGUACUGUCAGCAAGUGGUCUGAACAUACUGCCAUUGGAUGUAAUUUUGGUGGCAUUUUUCAACUCCCAUUGAAAAGCGAGUCAGUGGGAGUGAAUGGUUUGCUCUUCAUAUUGUCCACUAUUUUUCUUUGAGGAUCUUGGAUAACGAUAUACUGUAUUUUUCGACUACAGUUCACAGUGUAGUCUGCUGGUCAUGGAGGAGGCUGGGCGCAGGAGGGGGGGAUUCUAUCAAUUGUAAUCAAAAAAGUAAUUUUGCCCAAUUCUGCUUUAUUGCUCCCUGUGCUGUUAAGUUAGCAAACACAUCUCCUUAUUGGCUCAAGAGAGAUCACUGUCCUCAAGUGUUUUGUUUGGUGUUUCUCCUUUGUCCCUACUUUUUUCCUUUUCUUUCGAAAAAAAAAAACAAAACAAAUACAAGAUGUCUUUAAAAAUGGAGUCACUUGGCAAGAAUGGAUGAGCCAUUUAGUUUAUAGAACAAGCCUUCCCCAAUGUGUUGUUAGCUAGAUAUUGGUGGACUCCCAACUUCCACUGGCAUUAAGUGAGUUGUAGUCCAAAUCAUCAGACAGCUGGAGAUGGAGGAGGAGGCUGUUGGAGGACUUCCUUCAGGCUUCUGCCACCAUGAGCUUUUGAGCUGCCAUUUAGCUCUCUGCAUAUUAAACCAAAAAAAAAUGCUGUAAUUAUGUAUAUUACUGAUUUUAUUUUGAAGAAAGCAUUUUAUUUAUCACUUGUAUGUAUGACCCUUAUUUAUUUGGAAGGGCUGAAUUAUGGCCUUUUGAGAUUUACUAGAAAGGGCUAAAGAUACACUGAAGUGCAUGCCCCUCCAAAUUGUGUUUGCUAUCAAUAACCAAGGUUGCAAAAAUCACAAUUUGGAAUCCUCUUUCCUUUAAGGUUUUAUAUAAUUCUAAUUGUUUUCUACAAAAAAAGGGGGGAGGUAAAAGUUCGAGGGAUGGGGUGGAGUUGAUGGCUUGUUUUCCUGCCUAGCCUUGUCUCCAGAUGCUUUGGGGAAGUACAGGAACUACUACUACCCUUCUUGUUGCAAGCACAUAGCAGCAUGUUAUUGUUGCUUGUGAGAAUGUACAGGUGAUUCUUCUCUUUUUUUUCCAAAUAAAAAUGAACCACUUGGGCAUUGAA